AUGGCGUUUGAUUCACCUCAAUUGACGGCAAUAUCAACUCCGCAUUUCAUGGAGGUUGGAACUCCCCACACCUGGAGAUACCUGGUCCUUACGGGGCAGAAACAGGGCCUCGAUGCCAUUGUCAAACCCCUAUUGCCUACGACGAAUCUCUCUUGGUUUCCAUUCAUCAUUGCUUAUGCACAAAUUUAUAAUUUUGUCGGAAUCCCGCUAUUCGCGGAUGACGUCCCCUGUGCCCCGCUUCUGCGUCUUUCACUGGAAAAGCUCGUAAACCAUGAUGAGGCAGAGGUGCAACGUUUCUUCAGCGCAUGCAAGGAACUAGGGUUUUUCUAUUUGGACCUGCGUGGGAGCCCUAUUCUUGCUGAGGCUGACGAACUCUUCGGGAUUGGGGAGCAGCUAUUUGAGUUAGAUCUCGACGAAAAACGCCGGUAUGAUUUUAGCAAACAAAAUUCAUACUUUGGAUAUAAGGAGAAGGGAGUGGCAAUCGUCGACAACCAGGGGAAUGCUGACAGGAAUGAAUUCUAUAAUGUUUCCAAGGACGACAUCUUUGGAAUUUCGGACCCCUUACCAGCUCCUGACAUCCUGAAUAAGUCUCGACCCCAUUUCAAGUCUUUCAUAGCCAAUGCCCACAGCAUCGUUACAAUGGUACUUAACCUCCUGAACGAACAACUUCGCCUCCCACCAUCAACUCUAGCAAACCUUCAUGGCCAGCACACGGACUUCGGCAGCGUAACCGUUCUCUUCAACCGCGUUGGUGGCCUUCAAAUCCUACCACCGGGACAGGACGCGGACUGGUGUUACGUGCGCCCCUUGCCAGGCCAUGCAAUCAUAAAUCUAGGCGAUGCCAUGGUGAAGUUCACGAACGGACUUUUACGCUCUAAUAUCCACAGAGUAGUAUCUCCUCCCGGGGCUCAGGCUGAAACUACGAGGUAUAGCCUGGUGUACUUUUCACGUCCGGAGGAUGAUGUCAUUUUGAAGCGACUAGAGGGGAGUGACUGUAUCCUGCCGUUUGCGCCUGGGCGGGAACCGGAGGAAGAAAUUAAGAGUAAGGAUUGGAUUAUUCGCCGUGCGCUGGGGCAUCGCGUUGCGUUGCAUGGGAAAAUCGAUUUUGACAAGAGUUUGGGGACGGAGAUGAUGAGUCGGAGGCUUCAAUUUUCUAUGUAA